CCGCCUCUUUGUUUGACGUUGUAUCCGGACAAAUUCGAGCUAAUGUUGCCCAGAAUACAAAAUUAUAAAUUAACUCCCACUUGCUUUGAGUUUGUUUAAAAUGUUUGUUUCGUUUGUCGAUGCGAGGUAGAGCAACCGGCCGUGCUGUGGCUGUUUUACCCUGUCCGUCGUCUCGGUUAAGCGAACUAUUUCGCUUCAUAUGCGAGCGGCACUUCAUUGUUAGCCUAGCUUUAGCCAUGCUCUCCGCUCUCACUUGUCUUCUGCAUUUUGGCAGGGACCACGGCUACUUGUUAGCUUGAUAGCUAGCUAGCUGAGAAUUCCCCCCACGGUAUUAACGGUUUUGUGUUGUCCUGGACCUUAAAUUGUCACAUUCCGCGUGAGAGCGCUGGUCUGCCGAGACGCUACCUCGUUUGUUGUAACGCCUACAGUUAGCGAUUAGUUUAGUUAGCAAGCUAACUUAACGGCUGAAUUUGAGGAAACGUCUCAUUGCUUCAUGACAUUUAAUUUAGUAUUGACGCUGUCUUGACCUGGAUGGUGUACAUUAACUCCACUGACUCAAGAAGGCAUUUCUGGUAACUCUUUUUCACCGCUCAGUGAAGAACCGGAGUUUCAGUUUCUUUUUUAGUUUGUGGUCAUUUGCCUGCCACGAUGGCUUCUUCCUCUGGAAACGACGACGACCUCACCAUCCCCAGAGCAGCUAUCAACAAGAUGAUUAAAGAAACUCUCCCCAACGUACGAGUGGCCAACGACGCCAGGGAGCUUGUGGUUAACUGCUGCACAGAGUUCAUCCAUCUCAUAUCCUCAGAGGCCAAUGAAAUAUGCAACAAGUCUGACAAGAAGACCAUAUCUCCCGAGCAUGUCAUCAAUGCCCUAGAGAGCCUCGGUUUCGCAUCUUACAUCACUGAGGUGAAAGACGUCCUGCAGGAAUGUAAAACUGUUGCCCUGAAGAGGAGGAAGGCCAGCUCUCGGUUGGAGAACCUGGGCAUCCCAGAGGAAGAGCUCCUUAGACAGCAACAGGAAUUGUUUGCCAAGGCGCGACAGCAGCAGGCGGAGCUCGCUCAGCAGGAGUGGUUGCAGAUGCAGCAGGCCGCCCAGCAGGCACAGAUGGCAGCAGCAUCUGCCAGCGCCGCCCAGCAAGCUGGUUCCUCUCAGGAUGAAGACGAAGAUGAUGACAUGUGAUCCCAGGACACCGUUCAACUUGUCCGAAUCCCUUCCUGGGACAGUGUUGGCGCUCGAAUCUCCCAGUGCUGUCAUCGGCAGAGACACAAGACAUGUUUGACUGCUGGUAUACAUCAGUGAAACAUGGGAAAUGCACAUUUGGAAUGGACAGUGAAGAGAAACAUGAAGGGGGAAUUCAAGAUAGCCACAUGUUCAGCUACCAGUACCUGAAAAUUAUUUGGAUUGAAAGACUGUUAUUGAAGUUUUUGAUUAAUCUCAUCUUCUCCCCCUUUUUUUAGUUGCUUCUGUUUAACUAUGUGUUGAUAUUCUGUUGUGAGUAAUUUGUAGAUUUCUGGAUACGUUGUGGACACACCAAGGGCAGAUCGUGUUUGGCACACGUCGGGGAAUUUCAGUGCUAAUGCAGCAAGUUUUUGCACCUUCGGGUACUGCCCCAGAUAGCUUGUUUAUGUCUUCUGUAGUGCUAGAUCACAUUCAGUGGUUUAUGAGAGCUGCUCUUGAAUGACUCCAGAGCAUCUGAUUCCUCUUUUCUUGGUGUUCGAUGGUCAUUUUUACAGAGAGGGAUUUCUUUAACCCCCUGUUAGUAUAUUUGUUCAACAGUGGAUCAUUUGAGGGGUUGUGAAAUAUUGAAUUUGUUCUGUUAAGUAGAGAAAUAAAUGGAUAUUUUGUUUAAUUUUAGCUCAUUCAGAUACUUUCUGUUGCUUUUUCCAUCUACCUUGAACCACCUACAGUAUUGGUAAUUAGCUACACCUUUGAGAAACUGAAUAUUUUUGUCUCAUAGAACCAAAGAUAGAUGACAGACUAACAGCCCAGAGUUUGUGUUUUUUAAAGGUGUAGGUGCUACUGUGAUUGUCAUUGCUGACUCCAGAUCAGUGUAACUAAUGUUGAGGAAUAUUAACCUAUAACUUUGUAAGAUGCUUUGAUAUCCAGGCAGAAUUUGUUAUUUCCCUUCUCCCAGGGUGAAGUAUCAAACAUUUGCAUUGUGACUGUGGUCAAUCCUCAGUGUAAAGACAAGUAACCUAGUUGUGAUACACAUUCACUUGCCUAUACUACAAAGUUGUAUUCUUUAAGCAAUAAAGGAAUCACGUUUUGUA